GCUCCUUCCCUCCCUCAUCCGGGUCCUGGGCGAGCGGGCGCCGUGCGCGUGUCUCGCGGCCGAGCUGCUAAUAAAGUUGCACUGAGGGAAAGCGCAGCGACGGCGCCGGGGGAGUGCGUCCAGCCGGCGGGACUUGAACCAAUGAAAGAAUUUUAUGGCACUUAUGAAGAUAAAUGUCACUCCUCCCUUUUUAAUGGGAACUUCUGCUUAGAACCUGUAUAUGACUUUUCAUCUGUGAGCUGUUCUUUGAGUAGCCACUGACUUUGAGUUGCAGGAAGGUCUCUGAAGAUUUAUAUCAAAUGACGUCAAUGGCCAGCUUGUUCUCCUUUACUAGUCCAGCAGUAAAGCGAUUGUUGGGCUGGAAGCAAGGUGAUGAAGAGGAGAAAUGGGCAGAAAAGGCAGUCGAUGCUUUGGUGAAAAAGUUAAAAAAGAAAAAGGGUGCCAUGGAAGAACUGGAGAAAGCCUUGAGCAGUCCAGGACAGCCAAGCAAAUGUGUCACUAUUCCCAGAUCUUUAGAUGGACGCCUGCAGGUUUCUCACAGAAAAGGCUUACCCCAUGUUAUAUAUUGUCGUGUUUGGCGCUGGCCUGAUUUGCAGAGUCAUCACGAGCUAAAGCCGUUGGAUAUUUGUGAAUUUCCUUUUGGAUCUAAGCAAAAGGAAGUUUGUAUCAACCCAUACCACUAUAAGAGAGUGGAGAGUCCAGUCUUACCUCCAGUAUUAGUGCCUCGUCACAAUGAAUUCAAUCCACAACACAGCCUUUUGGUUCAGUUUAGAAACCUGAGCCACAACGAGCCGCACAUGCCACAAAAUGCAACGUUUCCAGAUUCUUUCCACCAGCCCAACAACACUCCUUUCCCCUUAUCUCCAAAUAGCCCUUAUCCGCCUUCCCCCGCUAGCAGCACAUAUCCCAAUUCCCCAGCAAGUUCUGGACCAGGAAGUCCAUUUCAGCUCCCAGCUGAUACACCUCCUCCUGCCUAUAUGCCACCAGACGAUCAAAUGGGUCAAGAUAAUUCCCAGCCCAUGGAUACAAGCAAUAACAUGAUUCCUCAGAUUAUGCCUAGUAUCUCCAGCAGAGAUGUUCAGCCUGUUGCCUAUGAGGAGCCCAAACAUUGGUGUUCAAUUGUCUACUAUGAAUUAAACAAUCGUGUUGGGGAGGCUUUUCAUGCAUCUUCUACUAGCGUGUUAGUGGAUGGAUUCACAGACCCUUCAAAUAACAAAAGUAGAUUCUGCUUGGGGCUGUUGUCAAACGUUAAUCGUAAUUCAACAAUUGAAAACACUAGGCGACAUAUUGGAAAAGGUGUUCAUCUGUACUACGUUGGUGGCGAGGUGUACGCGGAGUGCCUCAGUGACAGCAGCAUAUUUGUACAGAGUAGGAACUGCAACUUUCAUCACGGCUUUCAUCCUACCACUGUCUGUAAGAUUCCCAGCAGUUGCAGCCUCAAAAUUUUUAACAAUCAAGAGUUUGCUCAGCUUCUGGCUCAGUCUGUCAACCAUGGGUUUGAGGCGGUGUAUGAGCUCACCAAAAUGUGUACCAUUCGAAUGAGUUUUGUCAAGGGCUGGGGAGCAGAAUAUCACCGGCAGGAUGUUACCAGCACCCCGUGUUGGAUUGAGAUUCAUCUUCAUGGGCCUCUUCAGUGGCUGGAUAAAGUCCUUACUCAGAUGGGUUCCCCUCUGAACCCCAUAUCUUCCGUCUCAUAGUGCAGAAGUAGUCUUUUCAAUUAUAUUAUUCGUGGACUCGUUUUAAUUUUAGGGAAACUUUUCAGUACAGAUACUGUGAGCUUACAUGGAAAACAGAUAUUACAACUUUUUUUUUUCUACAUAAUUGUGACCAAUACAUUUGUAUUUUGUGACGAAUCUACAUUUGUUUGUUAUUCGUGUUCAUGUGAUUAACUCUCAAAAGUGUUGUGAAAAAUGUAAAGUAGAAGUAUUGUGCCCCAAAUUCACAGGUUUGGCGUUGAUCUUAAACUGGAACAUAAUUUUGCCUUAUUGUCCCAACAACCUGUUACUUGUUCAGUUUCUUGGAAAAAUAUAAUGCGUCACAUGAUGAAAAAUUAUAAUAGAAAAAGAAAGUAUGUGGUGAAAAUUCUUCCCUUCUCCUUUUAACCCUACAGGAAAUGUACUUUUUCCAGUUUCUUUGUCCUACCAGUGUUAAGAAAGUGUAGUUCGUUGUUUUCUGAAAGCAUGUGGUAGGAGCUGAAAAGAAACUAUAAAAAAAAAUUCUUCUAUUUGAAGGAACACUAUGCACUGCUCUCACAAGUAGUGUUCAGUAAAAGCAAAGUGAUAGUUUUCUAGAUGAUGUCAUAAAAUGUACAUUUACUACAGCUAAGUGUUUGUCAGUCUGUUGUGGCUUCAUUCAGUAUAUCUUUUGUAAAACAUUUCCUUUUUUUAAGAAAAAUUAUUGUAAACACCAGAUCUCCAGUAUAUGUCAUUUACUCCGAGUCUGUCCCGAGUACUACUUUAUAGCUAGUGCAUGCGCGGCCUUGUUCAGCUUGGCUACUUUUGGCCACUGUUGCAAGAACUCUAACUUUGACAUGCAUUAAUCUUCUGUUUUGCACUUUGAUGGGUGACAGUUUUUAGUGUAACCUUUUGUGUAACACACUCAAGUGACUUGGACUUCGAUGCUCAUCCUUACUUGGUACCCCUUUUGUAUUAACAAACACUGCGGUUUAUAGAUUACAGUUGUAGGAAGUUAGACUUUUUCUACCUUUUUUGUAUUUUCGACCUAGUUUAUAAGACUGUUAUUCUGUAGCUCCAAUGUAAGGUGCCUUUCUAAUUACCUACCACUCUCUGGGUGUCACUCGUGUUGGAAAGUCACAGACUCCUCCCAUUGCUGUUACUGGUGUCAGUUGCCCCUAGUAAGGAAAGGACCUGUGUGCGGUAGCCGUAAGAACCUCUUCGGUCUGACCCUGGGUUGGGGCUGCUGGUCUGGUACUUAAACGAGUAAGCAGUGGUUGUUGAGAUAGUUGAUUUUGAAGUAGUCACGUAUCAGAGAAUGCAGACUAUUCUCUCAGUUCCCACGAAUGCUCUGUUUUUUCCCAUUUAUUAGCACUUCCAUGGAUGCUAAUGUCCCAGAACACUAGUCCUCAGAGAGGAAAGACACGAAAAUUCUAAAAUACCUGUUCGUUCAGUCAUGCUUGAAGGAAGGACUUUUAACCUCUCUUUCUAGAGAGCAGCCAAAUGGACACUUGGUUAUGGCAUGAGAACAAAGAUGUAUUUUGAAAAAAAGUGACCUAAUUUACCUCUCAGAGAAAGCUAUUUUCUGGUGCCUUUUGAAAGUAUAUGGAGCCAUGUCAGUCUUCUAUUUAAAGUGCUAGUUUGGUUUGACUUUCUCUCCUUUGCCCUUUCUGCAUUUUUUGAGGAAAGGAGAAUACAGUUCCUUUUUUCUGUGACAUUAUUUAUUGCUUUUACAAAGUGCAGCCAGUGGAUGGCUUUAGUUCUGUCAGAUGAAGUGCCAUAUAUGUUUCAGCUCACAGUCCUUUGCUGGGUCAAAGGAUACUUCCUGACAGUCACCUGAGCCUUCAACAUAAGUAAGUUUUACGUGACCUGCAUUCUUAAUCUUCCACACUUGUGUCAGCCACAUGAAAGAGAAUUAUUUGCCUAGUGUUAGAACCUAGCUAUUUACGUCAUUCUUUUACUUACCAGGCUUAUGGCAUAAUCUUUGGAACAAAUGUGUAGGAAGAAACCACCCAGGUUGAAUGACGGAUACGUGUAAUCAACUUCCAUGGACUUGAACUGGUGGAAACUGUUGAAUUGUUUUAUUGAUGUUUUCAAUUGAUUUAAUUAAAAAUUGUUUUUAUUCGUGU